CAUCAAGGUGGUUGCUGUAUCGGUUGCUGUAUCGCUACAUUAUCAGUUGGGGGAAAAUACAGAGAACAGAAUCGGCUGUCCACAGAAUGUUUCCUUCCCAUGCUUCUGCCGCAAUGAACACAAGGAAAGCAGACACUGCCCUCUUGUUACUCUUGGUCUUGGUGCUGGCAGCAGGGUCCCAAUCUCCCAGCGGAGAAGCGCCCAAGGAGCAGCCUGACACAGAGCUCCUAAAAUGCCCCAGCUCAUGUGCCUGCAGCUAUGAUGACUACAGUGAGGAGCUCAACAUCUUCUGCAGCUCCCGGAACCUCACGCACCUCCCAGAAGACAUUCCUAGCAACGUUAAGUCAUUAUGGCUGGAUGGGAACAACUUCCUUUCUCUGCCAGCUAUGGCCUUCAGGAACCUUUCCAACCUGGACUUCCUUAACCUGCAGAGCAGUCAGCUGGCAAGCAUUGAGCAGCAUGCCUUCCAUGACUUAAAGGGCCUCUACCACCUGCACCUGGAACGGAACAGGCUGAAGCAUUUGGCACCAAACACUUUCCUUCACACACAGAACCUCGCCUCCUUGAGCCUCAACAACAACCACUUCAACAAGAUCGAGGAAGGCCUGUUUGCUGGGCUCUCCAAUCUCUGGUACCUGAACCUCGGGUGGAACUCACUCGUGGUGCUGCCUGACAGAGUGUUCCAUAACCUGCCUAAUCUGAGGGAACUGGUCCUGGCUGGGAACAAGCUGCCCUACCUGCAGCACCAAAUCUUCUGCAGUCUCAGUGAGCUGAAGGAGCUGGAUUUGAGUGGGAACUUGCUCAAGGGCAUCAAGCUCAAUAUCUUUGUCAAGCUGCAGAAACUACAGAAGCUCUACCUGAACCACAACCAGAUCAAUGCAAUCGCCCCACGUGCAUUCAUGGGAAUGAAGUCCCUCAGGUGGCUAGACCUCUCCCACAAUCGUCUCAUCUUGCUCUUUGAAGAAACAUUCCUGGGCCUUUUGAGCCUGCACGUGUUGCGUUUAUCCAGUAAUUCAAUCACCAGCCUGAGGCCAAGGACUUUCAAAGAUCUCCAGUUCCUGGAGGAGCUACAACUGGGACACAACAGGAUCAGGAGUCUGGCAGAAAGGACUUUUGAUGGGCUAGGCCAGCUGGAGGUCCUUACGCUGAACAACAACCAGAUUCAAGAGAUCAGGGUUGGAGCAUUCCUUGGACUCUUUAAUGUUGCAGUGAUGAACUUGUCUGGUAACUGCCUCAAGGCACUUCCCGACUAUGUCUUUAAGAGCCUAACCAAACUGCAUAGUCUUCACCUGGAAAACAGCUGUCUCAGCAGAAUCAGGCCACAAACUUUCUCCAGCCUUUCCUGCCUCCGGAGGCUCUUCUUGCAGCACAACACCAUAUCCAUAAUUGAAGACCAGAGUUUGAAUGACCUGCAUGAUCUUUUGGAGUUGGACCUUAAGCACAACAGGCUGACCCAUCUCUCCCACAACAUGUUUGUAGGCCUGAAUAACCUGGAAUACCUUCUCCUUUCCUCCAACCAGCUCCUGGAGAUCUCUCACAACGCUUUCAGCCCACUUCAACGUCUCUUCUGGCUUGACCUCUCCAACAACCAUUUGGAGAUGCUGGACAACACCACAAUUACCCCCUUAGCAAACUUGCGGUAUCUUAGCAUCAGAAACAAUUCUCUGGAAACCUUCUCAGUUGGUUCUCUGGGCCCUUCACCUGUGCUGGAGCAGCUGUGGCUGGAAGGAAACAAGUGGCACUGUAAUUGCUCACUGAAGGAACUGAGAGACUUUUCCUUGCAGCAUCCCACAGUGGUUCCACGUUUUGUACAGUCCCUUAUGGAGGGGGACGAUUCCCACACACCCGUGUACGUGUACAACAACCUGACCUGCCUAAGCCCACCAGACCUGGCAGGCCUUGACCUGAGGGAAAUCAGUGAAGAUCACUUUGCUCACUGCUAACUAACACGCUUCCUCUUUAUAGAGGACUUUCUGCUUUCUAUAGUUGGCAGCAUUAGAUACAUACUUGCACAAGUUCAGGUAGAAUCAGGAGAACUACUUUCCUACAGGCUAAUAAGUAAAAGGGUAUAGCUAUCUGGCAUCUCAACCACCUUCCCUGAUCUCUUUACCAAGCUCAUCAGGGUAGCAGUCCAAAAUAGUGUGUUCCACCAUUCACCAUUACCC